AACUUUGAUAAAAAUAUAAUAUUUAAUUUGUACACUACGCUUGUUGUUACGAACGCAAACUGUACUCGAGAAUGCGCCUCCAUUAUCUGUCAAAGAAACCGUGGCAAGAGUGGACAAAGGUUUCGAGUCGCAAUUCCAUUUAUUUACGCAAAAUGUCUGCAAAUUCACCGCCAGGAAAGAGUGAUGGUGAUGACCCCGUAGAUAGGCCCGUGCCGGACGUCCCGCCAAAUCCUAUAGAGAGCCUUGGGGCUCGUUUGAGGGACUUGGACGUGGAUUCAAUCAGGCGGUAUUUGGCCCAGAAGCUGGGAUUCUAUGAGCCGCCCGAGACUGCUGCACCUACGGACCAGGUGUUGGAAGAAGUGAGCUUGGACGGCAUAGUCAAGUGGAUACAGAGUGAACGCUGUAAAAAUAUCAUUACUCUAGCGGGCGCUGGCAUUUCCACAUCUGCAGGAAUCCCUGAUUUCCGUAGUCCAGAAACGGGUCUUUACCACAAUCUUCAGAAAUAUGACCUUCCGGAACCACAAGCAAUAUUUGAGAUCAACUUUUUCAGACAAAAUCCGAAACCUUUCUUCAUGUUGGCAAAGGAAUUGUACCCUGGAAGCUUCAAACCCACAAUAUCACAUUACUUUAUCAGGCUUUUACACGAAAAAGGCCUCCUACUCCGCCACUACACACAAAACAUAGACACUCUUGAGCGCGGAGCCGGUAUCCCCGAGGAAAAGCUGGUGGAGGCGCACGGCACCUUCUACACCUCGCACUGUCUCGACUGCCGCAAGGAGUAUAAUCUCGAAUAUGUUAAAGAGCGUAUAUUCGCGGACCAGAUCCCCAUCUGCACGGAAUGCCCUGGCGUUGUGAAGCCGGACAUCGUUUUCUUCGGCGAGAGUCUCCCGGACCGCUUCCAGCGGUGCCUGCAGGAAGACUUCCAGCAGUGCGACAUGCUCAUCAUCAUGGGAUCCUCGCUUGAAGUGCAGCCGUUUGCUUCUCUUAUUGAUAUGGUCCCCGACUGGUGUCCGCGACUGCUGAUAAACCGCGAGAAAGCCGGCAUGCGGUCCCCUCUCCUCCGUCUAUGGGGUGUCAUGAGCGGUGGCUUGCAAUUAGACGAGGAUGCAGUACGAGAUGUAGCGAGGCUGGGAGACUGUGACGAUGGCUGCCAGGACCUUGCUGACAGGCUGGGAUGGGGGGACGAGCUCCGAGCGUUAGUAGCAAGUGAGCAUGCGCGACUGGAGCUGGCCGGCGCCGCCGCCCCCCCCGCGCCGCCGCUGUCCCCGCCGCACGUCACGCCACAGGAGCCCGACCUAUGAGCACUCACACGGUACACAGCCUGCUUCAUUGUAUACUCAUUACUUUGAUGAAAAAAAAAUAGAAAUAAUUGAAUUUAGAACCUUUUCCAUUUUACAAACUGUCAUUUCGGAUUAAGAAUAGGCUUGACGACUGAAAAAAAGUAAUUAGUCCGUUUUCUUUUAGAUAACCCUAAAACAAUGGACACGUAUUUUUGUUACGUCACUUCUGUUGACAAGACGCGACGUCACUCUCAAUCAUUUCGUUGAAAUAAAAAAUACGUAUCUAAUAUUUUUGGCCAUUCUAAAAUGCGGACGAAUUAGAAUCACUAUUUUUUAACCCUGACUAGGCGUCUAUAGAUGCAUUUUGAUUGGUUGGAUUUGUCACGAACUGAACAGGGGAAAUGGAUAGAUGGGUUAGACUGGGUUUUGCUUAACUGUUUAUUGGAGGUUAUCGAAUGUCAAGUGUCCAAUGGUUAAAGGGAUUUUAUAAGUCGAUGCACAGAAGUAUUGGUACAAAAAGUUGAACGCGAAAGUUGAAGUACAUGAAAUAAAGUAGUUAUUAUAUGAUGAAGCAGGCUAACAACUUCGAUAAAAAUAUCGAAAUGUCACUUCACUACUGUAACUGAAGUAACAUUUUGAUACAAAGUUUUAAACAAUUUAAAAUAACGGUUUCAGUCCGAUAACAAUGUUUUUUAGAAUAUUUUCUCUUCAGCUGAAUUGGCAAAAUAUUGUAUAAGAAAAAAAAAAUGGUAAAGCGAAUUUAAAAUCUCUAAAAAUAUAAAUGUUGGAUUUUUUUAAAGAUCCAAGCAAACUUGGUACUUACACCGUAAAAAUUGUGAUCGAAAAUCGACUUAGCAUUGACAUUAUAAAAGUAAUUUAUUAAUAUUUAUAAUUUACUGUAUUCCAGAUUGAUACAAAUUAGCUAAGUAGGUUGCAAGGCUGUAAUCCGUCACUUGUGCCUCAUGAGUAAUAUUAUAAUUUUUUAGUUAUUUAUUUUAUUUAUUGCGGUAAUGUUGGGUUAAUUUUAUGGUUAAAACCUUUAUGUUCAUGGAUUCAUUUUACGUUUUUAUUUAUUAACUUUGCAUGUUGUCUAGAAUCGGCAAAUGAGUUACCAGUAAAUUGAUUCCUCAAUGUUCACCGAAAUUUUACUAUUGUAUAGCUGUAGUUUUCAAUACUAUAGAUCUCCUAAAUUAUAUAGUGUGGGGUAGAUUAUUAUUUAAGCUAGAACUAUUUUUGGCGGCAAUACAUUUAUUCAAAUUGUAUACUUAGAUAUUUAUACAUUUUAUCUUAAAACUUUAUAGCGUGCUAGACAUAAGCAGGCCCUGCUUCGAUGUUUGGCUUUGAUGAUGAAAUAUUUCUAUAUCGAUAAAUAGGUGUUGUAUUUUUAUCGAAUCGAUAAUUGUCAAGUGCCGUACUAAUAUUGAAAACUUUACUGCCUUAAAUCACACUUAUCUAAAUAAUAAGAAUGAAGCUAAUACCUAAUUUGAAAAUUAUUUGUUCAUUGUUUGUCAAGUUUUAAAUAAAAUGUUAGUCUUGAAAGCGUGAUCGUCGACUAGUCAACAUUGCGGUUCAUAGUGACUUAACGUAAAGUUUAGGAAGCAUCCAAGUUAAAUUUUUACCUUUUGAACGCCACCAUAUAAAAAUUUCGACGGGCAAUGUUUGCAAAUAUGAAAUUCAGAUUUUCUCAUCAUAAUAUCUACGAGUUUCGCAGUUUAAAAUCUGAGUGUUUGGUGUUCGAAAGGUCAAAAUUGUAGUUGAAGUAUUUACAUGACCAAUAAAGCACCAAUAUUUUAUUUAAUUACAAUUAAGUCUUUUUAUUUUUUUAAUUCGUUAUGUGAUCUAUCUUUUGUCUUUUAUUUAAUCAGAAAUUUGCAUUUCUAAUUUAUUUAGUUCUGCUACAAAAUCUUCCAUGUCUUGUUGUGUUGUAGAAAAUUUUAAAAUUCCUAAUAGUGUGUAGUGUAAUAGUUUUAAUAACACAUCUUAUGAUACAGAUACAUAUAUCUAGCUAUAACCGCGUGCUAAUAAAAAUCAGUACAUAUUAUAUAAAUUUUCUUAGCGAUAUAUGAUUAUUUUUCUAAGGGGUGUGUAGAAUUAGUUUUUCAGUGGAUUUUACGCGUAAGCGGCGAUACUUUAGGGUAAAAAUAAUUAUGUUAUGUCCCAUGCAGUGAGCAAUUUUAUCAAAUAGACAAAGUAAUACAUUGAUGCUUUAGCAAUAAUAUUUACCGUCUGACAAAUAGUGAGUAUGUAGUUCAUUCAGAAUUUUAGGGAAUACAUUUCAGUAGUGACAAGCGUUCCGAUAUGUAUCCCUAAUAAAAACUAGUAUAAUUUAAUAAGUAUAAUAGACUGUUAAAUGUAACGAUACACCAGGUAAAUUGUACUGAAAUGAAGCCUUAUUUUAAAUCCACGUGAUGUAUAUGUCGCAGCCAACUGAUUAAAAAAGCUGUUUUAUCAAACAGCUAGCCAUUUCACUGAAUGACGCGACAUAUACAUUAUGUCGGUAACCGAGAUAUUGGUUAUUAAAGGGACUACGCAAAGCAUAUAUGUAUACUCAAGCAAUAUAAUAGAAAGCCUUAUAAUAUCAGCUAUUUUGAAUAUCGUAAACCAUUUAAUAAUGUUGAUGCUGGAUGCAAAUUUUAUAUAAAUUGUAAUUUUAUAAAUACGUUUUCAAUAAACUAAGUUAAAUCACGCGAGAAGUUGACGGUUUUCUUUGAAGUGUUGGAACUUGCAAUUUAUAUAAAUUGUUGUAAGCCUUAUUGAGAAAAUAAACGCAUAAUAUUUAUUAUAAA